AUGACAGGGUCUACAAACGGCGGAGGAAACGGUCAGCCCUCUACCCCCCAUCAAGGCCGCUCCCGCAGUGAACCUGCCGAUGAGAAAGGUGGAAAGCCUCGGAAUAUAAAGAUUGUUGAUUGGGAUGGCCCAGACGACAAGAUGAACCCCAAAAACAUGAGAUCCGGACAGAAAUGGCUGAUCGUCGCGACUCUGGCAACCGGCUCAGCAUGCGUAACCGCUACCUCCUCAAUCUAUACAACAACCUACGAGAAGAUGGACGCCGAGUUUGGAAAUUCACAGAUUGUGGCUACUCUCGGACUGACACUGUUUGUGGUUGGUCUAGGGCUUUCACCAAUGUUCCUGGGGCCUCUGAGCGAAUUCUAUGGGAGGCGGCCAAUCUAUAUCUCUGCAUUUGCCCUGUUCACAAUAUGGCUUGUUCCAUGCGCGGUGGCGCAAAACAUCCAGACUAUCCUUAUUGCAAGAUUUUUCAAUGGCUUGUCCGGGGCAGCAUUCCUGAGUGUAGCCGGGGGAAGCAUUGGAGAUUUAUUCAAAAAGGAGGAGUUGCAGGCGCCCAUGACGAUAUACUCGGCUUCGCCAUUCACGGGUCCCUGCCUUGGACCCAUUAUCGGCGGGUUCAUCAACUAUAACACCUCCUGGAGGUGGACAUACUAUACACUUCUCAUCUGGGCAGGUGUAGUGACCAUUUUGAUUGUUCUUCUGGUCCCGGAGACCUAUGAACCUGUGAUACUGCGACACAAGGCACGCAAGAAGCGCUCCGAGACUGGAGAUGAAUCAUGGCGAGCCAGAAUUGAGAUCAUGCACCGCUCGGUGGCCCGCACCAUCCUUGGUUCUCUCUUGCGACCAUUUAUGCUCUUGUUCCUGGAUCCAAUGUGUUUUUGCCUAUGUCUCUUCUCAGCCAUCCUCCUUGGUGUUCUCUACCUCUUCUUUGGUGCCUUUGCCCUGGUAUUCCAGGAUGUCUACGGUUUCAACCUCUGGCAAGUCGGCCUGUCCUUUCUGGGUAUCCUGGUCGGCAUGCUGUUGGCGGUUGGUACGCUUCCUCUCUGGCACCAUUUAUAUCUGUAUCAAGUCGCCGAGCAUCAGAGAAAGACCGGCCAACGAGGCUCCAUGCCAGAGUUUCGCCUUCCUUCGAGCGUAGUUGGCUCAUGGUUCUGCGUGAUUGGCUUGUUUUGGUUUGGAUGGACGAUCUACCCUUCGAUUCAUUGGAUCGUUCCCAUUAUCGGCACAUCCUUUUUCGGCUUCGGCGUCAUCUUGUCUUAUGUCGGGAUAUUUACAUUUCUUGUGGAUGCCUUUCCUCUGUAUGCUGCGAGUGCCCUCUGUGCGAAUUCCUUUGCGAGGAGCUGCUUUGCUGGCUCGUUUCCUCUUUUUGGUAUCCAAAUGUACCGGAAACUAAACUACCACUGGGCCACAACGCUCUUGGCUAUGCUGACACUGGUAACGGCACCAGCAACGGGCGUCUUCUACUUGUACGGACCACGGCUUCGGGCUAAAAGCAGGUUUGGGGAGCACCGAUAA